AUGAGGCUUGCACAAGUGAUUAAGGUAUUAAAGGCAUUAGCCGAUGAGUAUCCAUGGGAGGAGUUGCGGCGGGUGAUUCGGAGGGACUUGGAAGAACGCCUUUUAGACUGGGUCCCAGGCAUGGAUGUCAAGGGCAAUUUAUACCGCCAAUUGAGAGAGUGGGAGGAAUGGCCACCCCUGGAGGAGAUAAUUGCGAGGCUGCAGGGGCUGGAGGCUAUGGGGGGGGGGAAGGCGCCUCCCCGUGGGGAAAAUCAGACACCCUUGCCGGGAGAGCGGACUGAGCCUCCUGAACCUUUACCCGAGCCUACGCCUGCUGAGCCAUCACCUGCGCCCUUGCCGGAGCGGAUUAAAACCUUGUCUGGGUCCUUCCGGAGGUGGCGUGAGGUGCCACCUCAGAUCGGUUCUGAUAGUUCUGACGAGGGGAAGGCGGAUAAUGCAGUACGGAGGCCACUGAAACCUGCGCCACCGGUGCAGACAGAAGGGGGGCAGGACGCCUUGCAGAGACUGCAGGGCUUGUUGCGGAGGCUUGAGGGGGCUAUACAGAAUGCGGAGCGUGCGGUGCUAUUGAUGCCUCCGACGCCGGGGGCGGGGGAUGGCCAGGAAGGGGACACCCAGAGGGGCACAGACUGGCAACUGGUGGCCAAAGAAUGUUGCCUCUCAGGGGUUCAGUUUCAACCGGUCGUUCUCCCUAUUCGGGCAGCAGCGAGGGGAGGGUAUGAGUGGACACCUUUUGAUAUAAAAACCAUUCGGGAGCUCGCGAGUACUGUGCAGGCGCAUGGAGUGAAUUCUUCGCAGGCGCUCACUUUGUUUGAAUGUCUGCUCUCAACACCUGUUGCGCCUUUUGAUGUGAUGCAGCUAAUGAGAGGAGUAUUGCCCCCGUCAUUGCUGUUGCUGUUCAAGGAGGAAUGGCGGGCUCAAUGCGUUAAGGUAGUGGCCGAUGCUCAGGCUCCUAGUCAUCACCUGGCGGGGGUGACCAUAGAGCAGCUUAUGGGGGGAGGGACAGUUUGCAAUGCCUCAGGCGCAGGCACAAGGCAUGCGCGGACGUGACUUUAUGGCAGUCGCAACAACUGCCUUGGCCGCACUUAGGCGUGUCGCGGCCAUGGAUAGAGCGGACCCCCCUUGCGUGAAAGUUCGGCAGGGGAUUGCCGAGAG